AUGGAUAUGAAGUAUAAGAGUUCUUGUUGGAGUAUUCAUGGUGAGAAAAGAGAUUGUACGGAAGAUAUUGCUCCUGGAUCUGAAACUGAGGCUUUUGAUUUGUUGAAGACAGCAUUUUGUAUAGGUGAAGGUAAUCCGAAUGACAAUGGGGAACCAAAUGUGGAGGAUGAAGCUCUAGAAGAAACUGAAUUCAGGACGAAGUUAAGAGAAGCUGAAACUCCAUUGUACUCUACUUGUGUGAAAUACACAAAGGUGGCAGCAAUCAUGGGACUCUACAGAAUCAAAGUUAAGAGUGGUUUGUCUGAGAACUACUUUGAUCAGCUGUUGGUUUUAAUUCAAGAUAUGCUACCUGAAGACAAUGUGCUUCCGAAGAGUACAGACGCAAUCAAAAAGUUUCUGAAGGUCUUUGGUUUUGGGUACGAGAAUAUUCAUGCUUGUAGGAAUGAUUGCAUAUUAUAUAGGAAGGAGUUUGAAAAGCUAGAAAGCUGUCCAAGGUGCAAAGUUUCAAGAUGGGAGAAAAAUAAGCACAGUAAUGAGAUGAAGAUAGGGAUUCCAGCAAAGAUCCUUAGAUAUUUUCCAAUCAAGGACAGAUUUAGGAGGAUGUUUAGAUCAAAAAGGAUGGCUGAGCAUUUGUGUUGGCAUUCAACAAAUGCAACUGAAGAUGGUACAAUGCGACAUCCUGUUGAUUCUAUAUCUUGGGCACAAGUGAAUGACAGAUGGCCUGACUUUGCUGCCGAACCAAGGAACCUUAGACUUGGACUUUGUACAGACGGGAUGAACCCUUUCUCUAUGCAAAACACCAAUCACAGCACAUGGCCAGUAUUGUUGGUCAACUAUAACACGCCUCCAACAAUGUGUAUGCAGGCUGAGAAUAUAAUGUUAACUUUGUUGAUCCCUGGUCCAUCAGCUCCUGGUAAUAACAUAGAUGUCUACUUAGCACCUUUGAUUGAAGAUUUACAAGAUUUGUGGUCUGAGGGUAUUGAAGUGUAUGACUCAUUUGCGAAGGAGAACUUCACACUUAGAGCCAUACUACUUUGGAGUAUCAGUGACUAUCCAGCCUUGGGAGUAUUGUCUGGAAGUAAAGUCAAGGGGAAACAAGCUUGCAUCGUCUGUGGAAAGGAUACUCCUUCUAUGUGGCUUAACUUUAGCCGUAAGUAUGUAUACAUGGGAAAUAGAAAGAGACUACCGCCUGGCCAGUCCUACAGAUUUAAAAAAGGGUGGUUUGACAACACUGUUGAAGUUGGGAGAGCUAAUAGGAUACAAACAGGCGAUGAAAUUUAUGAGACAGAAUUGCCUGUGCGUCACAAUAUUGAUAUGAUGCACGUAGAAAAAAAUGUCUCGGAUGCUAUAUUGUCUAUCUUGAUGCAAACUGCCAAGUCGAAAGAUGGUUUGAAAGCAAGAAAAGACUUAGAAGAUAUUGGAAUCAGAAAGCACUUGCACGCAGAGGUUAGGGGAAAGAAAACAUACUUACCUCCAGCAGCCUAUUGGUUAUCCAAGAAAGAGAAGGCUAUUUUUUGCCAAAGGUUAUCUAAUUUUAGAGGUCCUGAUGGUUAUUGUGGUAAUAUUGCUAACAGUGUUUCAGUUAACCCUCCUAAUAUAGGAAGUUUGAAGUCGCAUGAUCAUCAUGUGCUAGUACAAAACUUGUUACCAGCUGCGUUAAGAGGUUUGUUACGUAGAGGACCUAGGAUUGCUAUUACCAGAUUAUGCAAUUACUUUAACAGAUUGUGCCAGCGUAUCAUUGACCCGGAGAAACUCAUAACAAUGGAGUCUGAGUUUGUGGAAACAAUGUGUCGAUUGGAGCGGUUCUUCCCUCCAUCCUUGUUUGAUAUCAUGUUCCACCUUCCAAUACAUCUAUCAAAAGAGGCACGUUUAGGAGGACCAGUCCACUUCCGCUGGAUGUAUCCCUUCGAAAGGUACAUGAAAAAAUUAAAGGCUUAUGUUAAGAAUCAUGCAAAGCCAGAAGCAUGUAUGGCUAAGGGAUAUUUAUCUGAAGAAUGCAUUGCAUUUUGUUUAGAGUUCCUUCAAGAUUCAGUACCAGUUCAAGAAAGAGUGAAUCGUAAUGAAGAUAUUGAGGAUGAUAGGAUGGUGCUUCAAGGUCGACCUCUACAGAAGGGUAAACAGGUCACCCUUUCUGAUAAAGAUAGAGACAAUGCACAUCGCUAUGUGCUAAUGAACAUGGCUUGUAUGGAACCGUAUGUUGGGAUGCAUUUGGAAGAAUUACAAGCUACUGAUGCUCGAUGUGAGAAAAAUGAAACUUUGUUGUGGAAAAACCAUACAGAGCAGUUUGCACAAUGGGUUAAAACAAAGAUUCAUUCAGAUGCAACUGAAGGACAUUCCAAGGAGAUAAAGUGGUUAGCAUUUGGACCUAGAAAUGUUGCGCAAGCACAUAAAGGGUUCAUCGUCAAUGGGCAGAGAUUUCACACAGAUGCAGUUAAGCGGAAGACACAAAACAGUGGAGUCACUUAUGAAGCAUUUAGCAUGUGUAGAUCAAGUGCACGAGAUACAAGACAGGUAGCUGAUAUGCUUACAUAUUAUGGAGUGAUAAAGGAGAUUCUACUUAUGGACUACCAUAUGUUCAAAGUACCUCUGUUUAGAUGCAAUUGGGCCAACUCAGGGAAUGGUGUGAAAGAAGAAGAUGGCUUCACUCUUGUGAACCUUCAUAUGAACCAAGCAGCAUAUUUGAAAGAUCCAUUCAUUCUACCUUCUCAAGCGAAACAGGUAUUCUACUCUAGGGAAGAUGAUUCUUCAAAUUGGUAUGUUGUUAUGAGAGCACCACCUAGAGGCUAUCAUGAGUUGGAAACAGAGGAGGAUUUAGGUUCUGCACCUUUACCUGUACCAGAAGUUGAAGAUCUCGAUGGUGAAUAUUCUGAUGAUGAUAGUGUUUAUGUUAGGGAUGAUUAUGAAGGGUUAUUAGUGGUUGAUUGA